AAAAUAUCAACUUUCUUCCCUUGUCGUCACCGGUGAGAAACCCUAGAGAGAGAGGGGGGGACAUGGGGUUGUCCUUGUCGGCGUCGAGGCGAGUCUCUAGAUGCUUCUCCGACUCGCCGGACUUCAACUCGGCCUGUGACUCGGAGUUCGAAGCCUGCCUCAGCCUGACCCAACACGCCUUCCAAGGGGUUCGCCCCUACCAGCUCCACUCCGCCGCGAACCGCCUUCACCGCUCUCUCCACGGCACCCACCCCCUCGUCAGCCACUGGCUCCCCGCCCCUCCGACUCGCUCCCAGACCGACCGCGCCUACGUCGCCGUCGUGAGCCGCCGCUCAGGCAAGGAACCGUCUGACGACGAGAGCCUGGGGCGGGCCGAGUUCAGGGCCUUCGCGGUGGAGGUUUUCACGGAGGCCGUGGUGGCCAACGCGCGGAAGGCGUUGCUCCGGCGAGUGCCGAUCGGCGUUGCGGGGAUUGCGGGGAUCGGAGUCGUGAGUCGGUCCGGGAAGGAUUUGGUUGCGGCGGCGAUUGGAAUUUACGCGCUGGCUGUUGCGACUAACGUUUAUCUCAGUUUGGCUGCAUAGUUGAGCAGGUUUCUUGAUUGAAGAUGGUUCGGUUCAGUUACUUGUAUAUGAAUAUGAUUUUCUCGUUUUUUAUUAUUCAGUUAAAUUGUAUUAGAACUCGUCCCAUGCAGUCGGGUCAUGUGUAAUGAGACGAUUAUUAUAUCUUCAAAAAUGUUUAUGGUUUAUGAA